AUGAUAAGUUUAUUUCGGAAAAAAUCCACCAAUUUGAUUAAUGCUCGUUACAGAAAGAGGGAACUGCACAUUAAGAAGUGCUAUAACUUAAGGCGGGAAUUCACCAGUGGGAAGGCAAGCGGUGGUAAGAUCGGGCGGAGAGACGUCAAGAUUGAGAACUGGGGAGAAAAAGUGAACCCACGUGUGAAUACAGAGAGAAAAGGAAGACCGACCUUUCCCGCGAGUGUAGAGCCGGAUACGGCCACAAGUGAGGAGGAUCCCCGAGACAUAUAUUUUAAGAACAAAAUUAUCGAAAAGAAAGUAGCAGACAUAAUGAUAAAAAACAGCCACAACGAAUCCUUGUUCGAAUUUCUGCCCAUGGAAGGGAGAACGAAUAAAGUUCCAAAAGGUUUCAAAAUAUGUCAGUGCCUUUUUUUAUUGGCCCUUUCUAGUGGAGUGUUACUAAUUCAUAUACUUCCAGAAGUAGGCAAGGAAAAUUACAUACGAGACAUUUAUUCCUUCGAAAUUUAUUGCUGUUCAUCCAUUUUAGUGUUCCACGGAGGGUUUAAUUCAUUGCUUCAAUUAAUUCAAUAUGGAGUACCUCCGAAGAGAAAGUACAAAGGAUUGUACAACAGCCUACGUUUGAUUUCGUCCAUAAUUCCAUUAUUUUUUGGUUUAAUAACAUCGUCGUUAUGUGAGAGUUUUCCCAAAGAUAGCAUUUUACUUUUAAUGCUAUCGUACACAUCACUGUUGUUGAAUUAUUACCUACUACACAACAAGUGCUUAGUUCCGGCAUGGUUGUUCCGACAGUGCAAGCUUUUAGUUUGCUUCGUUUUAUUUAAUUUGGUUUUGUUGUUAAUAAGCGAGGCACAGAUUUACAGGGGCAGGAAGGUUUCCAUCCAGGUUGAUGACUAA